GCGAUCGUGAUCGCAUCGUGAUGUGUUGAGUAAACUGAAACCGACUAUUGUGCUGUGUGCUGAGUGCAACCAGUAGAAUAAUGAGUGAAAUGAUCUCUACAGAAUGUGAAACUGAAAUCGAUUCACUCCCGGAAGAAGUCCUGGGCAUGAUUUUCGAUCACCUUGAUCUGGAGAAUGUGAAAAAUGCGUCGCUAACAUGUCGGAGAUGGUGCAAUAUCAUCUUCUUAAGCGCUUACAUAAACAGAUUUCGAUUGCGAAUAAUAUCACCAUCUGCGAAGGCGAGGCUUCAGUUGUGGAUGAAGCAUGUGACGGAUACUGUGAAUCGCAGUCAAAGGCGCUACAGAAACUUGCGCCUGUUCGUUGGACUACAUAUGGUUCCUGACUUCUUGUUGUUUUGGGAAACGCUUCUCAAGAAACUCACACAAUAUAUCUACUCGCUGCAGCUUUCUCUCCCAGACCAUUUACCUGAAAAUGUGAUUUCUUUGAUAUCCGCCGGGAUACAGCUGAUGUCAAAGCUACGAUCGUUGUCAUUCUUCGCAAGGGGUCUAUCUCAUCAACAAAUCGUUCUACGGAGCUCUUCUGUUGAGCAUCUUGAAGUGGAUGAUGGAUAUGAAAUUCUGCUUGAUAUGCCAGAGCUGCAAUCGUUUACAGGACCACUGGGUGCACUUAAACAACCUUUCAACAACAACUAUCAAGGGCUUGAGAUCCGUAAACUGAAACUUGUUACGGUAACAAAAGGUCCAGACGAUAUCAACGACCUGUCCAUCAUCCAUCGAUUAGCACACGUCGAGAGACUGAAGCUAUCGUUCCCCUUAGAUGAUAAUAGGUUUCUUUUUGCAAUAUGUAAUACGUGCACCACGCUCAAAGAGCUGUGGAUUUUUGGGGAAUUGAUAGUUACCCAUCCAGCUACCAUAAGAAAUCUAACCAAUCUCGUCAAUCUUCGUAAGCUAAUAUUUGAACGUAUCUGGAUGAAGCGCAAUGCGUCUUUUACCCUUGACGUGGACUUAUCAAGGUUAACGCAACUAGAAGUACUGCAUCUAGGAUCGAACGCGUUUUGGAAGCCGACAAGUUCAAUUCGCCUUCCUAAAUCGAUCAGAUCUAUUCUCAUGCCUGUUACUGUUGAGACUGAAAUAGGAGUUAUGCAGAGCAUUGCCGGUUCUUUGACGCAGUUGCAGAAGCUGCGUUUGAUUUAUCCAGCGUAUCGGUACAACACGGUAGAUACGCGUACAAUUCAGUAUCUUCAUAGUCUUAAGCAUCUAGAGGUAGUGAAGUUUGUUAAUGCGGAAUCAAGUGGAUCAAUUUACCAUGACAUGGAACCUCCAUUACAUCGAAUGCGUGAGCUGCUGAUGUUAAAUAAUGAUUCACAUAACGCUAGCAUCCAUGGACUUUGCCAAAUGUUACCCACUCUAGAGUUAACAAGUGCAGGGUACAUUUAG